UUUUGAAAAUAAUGAACGGAAUUGACUGGCUAGUCUCACAGGUGACAGCGGUUGUGUUGAGCUCAAGACUCCGCUGCUGUUUUGGUCCACGAAAAUGACAGCGAGGAAGUCUGGCUCACGACUGGAGACUGAGAUAGAGCGGUGUCGCUCGGAGGCUCAAUGGGACAAGAUACCGGAGUUAGUGCGACAGCUCUCGGCGAAGCUAAUAUCAAACGAUGACCUAGGGGAGCUGUUGCAGGGAGAAUGUAAGCUUCAGACGUACUUGAAGGAAAAUCCCAUUAAACAAGGGGCCAGCCCGAGGGGCCCGCGACCUAAACUGCUGGAGGUCAGGAAACACCUGACUGCUGCUUUGGACAGGGGAAACCUCAAGGCCGACUACCUGCAGGAAGCUAGCUUGCUGAUGGGCAAACUCUGCUAUGUGGAGGGAGAAUACAGAGACGCUUUAGGUCACUACAGCAGAGUGACCAUGGAAGAAAUGCAGCUGGUCGGAGCUCCUGUGUAUAGACUCUCUAUGAUAGCAGAGGCCUAUGCUACGAAAGGACUUUGUCUAGAGAAGGUCCCAGCUGCUUCUCCAUCUCUGUCCAACAAGAACACUGGCUCUCCAUCGUCCAACAGGAGCACAACAGACAGGGAGCAAGACAUCAUCACCUGCUAUGAAAAGUCUGGAGACAUUGCUCUUCUCUACCUGCAGGAGGCUGAGAAGGCUCUGUCAGCAGGGAUUCAGAACCGCAGCCCAAAGCCCGGGCCGACAGCUCAGGACCAGGAACUGGGCUACUUCCUGGAGACAGGCCUGCAGAGAGCCCACGUUAUCCACUUUAAGAACGGCAACCUUACUCACGGCGUGGGCCGCUUCCGAGAGAUUCUUCGCGCCGUUGAGACCAGAACCACGCAGAACCUGCGCAUGACCAUAGCUAGACAGCUUGCAGAGAUCCUGCUCAGAGGAAUGUGUGAACAGAGCUACUGGUCUCCUGUGGAAGACCCGCCUACAGUGUCGCCAUUGGACGAUCCCACACGGCAAGGACACACUCUCAGCAAGAAUUACAGCCUGAGCCGACGCCCACGAGUGUACUCGGGGGAGAACCUGUUUUGCCCUCAGGAGAACACAGAGGAAGCUUUGCUGCUGUUGCUCAUCAGCGAGUCCAUGGCUAACCGUGACGCUGUCCUGAGCAGAAUUCCUGAGCACAAUAACGAUCGAAUCAUCAGCCUACAGUCGGCCUCUGUGGUGUACGACCUGCUCACUAUAGCUCUGGGCAGGAGGGGGCAGUACGAGAUGCUAUCAGAGUGUUUGGAGAGAGCCAUGAAGUUUGCCUUUGAGGAGUUCCAUCUGUGGUACCAGCUCGCUUUGUCACUCAUGGCCGCUGGCAGGUCUGCUCGUGCUGUCAAGGUCCUGAAAGAGUGCAUUCGUUUGAAGCCCGACGACCCCACAAUCCCACUGCUGGCUGUCAAACUGUGCAUCGGACCUCUGCACUGGCUGGACGAGGGCGAGUGCUUUGCAAAGAUGGUGAUCGACAUGGGGGAGAAAGCAGCCGAGUUCCGAGCCAAAGGCUACUUGGCCAUUGGGCUGGUUUACAGCCUGAAAGCUACUGAUGCAUCUUUACGAAGCAUGCAGGAGGACUAUCAGAGGAAAGCUCUGGGAGCCUUCCAGAGAGCUCAGAGUCUGUCUCCCACUGACCACCUUGCAGCUUUCUACUUGGCCUUGCAGCUUGCUGUGUCCAGACAGAUCCCAGAGGCACUAGGAUAUGUCCGACAGGCGUUGCAACUUCAAGGAGAUGACGUCCACUCCCUUCAUCUGCUGGCUCUGCUGCUCUCGGCUCAGAAACACUACCACGAUGGGCUCAAUAUUAUAGAGAUGGCUCUGUCCGAGUACCCGGAGAACUUCAAUCUGCUGUACACCAAGGUGAAACUGGAAUCCAUGUGCAGAGGACCAGAGGAAGCUCUGCUCACAUGUAAACACAUGCUGCAAAUAUGGAAGAGCUUUUACAACCUUACCAACCCCAGUGAUUCAGGGCGUGGCAGCAGUUUGUUGGACAGAGCCAUCGCAGACAGACGACAGAUCAAUGCCAUGACUCUGCCGGACUUCAGUGACCCUGAGACCGUCUCAGCUUCUUCCUCUUCUCACUCUGGUUCUGAGGCCAUCUCCCCCACUUCUCCAUCCACCUUUUCCACUCUCUCCUCACCGCUGUCCUCCCCUUCCUCCCUUUCCUCCUCCGUCUUCAUCUUCCAGCCUUCUCCCCUGUCACCCCUCAAAAGUCCAUCCCUCCUCACUCCACCUCCUGUUACUCCUGCACCCAACAAGACCAGGACUCACUCGUUUUGCAACCACGUCACUCUUCGCCAGCUCUCCAACUGCGGCCUUCACGACGCUAACACUCUUGGUUUUCCCUCCAUGUUUUCUGUUUGUUCGGUUCACGCCACUUCCAUAGCUGCCAGCCGUGUAGAGCAGGCUCUGUCUGAGGUGGCCUCAUCUCUGCAGAGCAGCGCUCCCAAACAUGGACCCCUCCACCCCUGGAUGACGCUGGCUCAGAUCUGGCUGCACGCAGCUGAAGUUUACAUCAGCAUGUCCAAACCCGCCGAGGCCACGGCCUGCACGCAGGAAGCCUCCAACCUCUUCCCGACAUCCCAUAAUGUGCUGUACAUGAGGGGGCAGAUAGCAGAGCUGAGGGGAAACAUAGACGAGGCAAAGCGCUGGUAUGAAGAGGCGCUGUCCAUCAACCCGACACACGUCAAGACCAUGCAGAGACUGGGUCUGAUUCUGCACCAGCUGCAGAGAUACAGUCUGUCUGAGAAGGUCCUGAGGGACGCUGUGCAGGUCAACAGUACGGCUCAUGAUGUGUGGAACAGUCUUGGCGAGGUGUUGCAGGCUCAGGGAAACGCCGCGGCGGCCACUGAGUGUUUCCUCACGGCCCUGGAGCUGGAGGCCAGCAGCCCCAUUCUGCCCUUCACCAUCAUCCCCAGAGCUUUAUGAGACGGACACACAGCGGCCUGAAUGUGACUCUCUCACACACACACACACAUGCACACACCGGCACUGCCCUAUCCUUACAAACACACACACACAAUAGACAUGCAAAUAAUAUAUAUAUAAACAUCCAUACAUGCUUCUCCCCACAUUGCCUCAUCGUGUGCAUGUUCACCAUGUUUUCUCUGUACGCGUGCCAACAUGACACCUGUGCGUAUUUGUUUGUCCGUUAUUUUUAAACUCACGGUUUCGUUUCUCCUCUCGUUCUCAGAUGUAAAUAAGAUGCAGUCUUUCAGUGACUUUGAGCCUCAGAGUUUACGCUCUAUAAAUGUCCCAGAACACGCAAUUAAAAACAUUUUUCCUCCACACAAUGUGGGUGUGAAGCUGAUGUAUCGAUGACAAAAAUGGGCAAAUUGUGUACACACACACACACACACACACACUCAGCAUGCAGCUCCCCUUUUUAAGCCUAACUAAACUCUAACUUUAACCAUAACUAGUUAAUACCGAACCUAAACUUAACUGGUUCCUCAGAAAUGAGGUAACAAAUACAAGAACACAUGUUUUGAACGGUUGCUGUUUGAUUUUGCUCAGGAGAGACAGAUUUUUAAAACUCGACUGGAACAUGGACAGACAUGAUCAAUAGAUCGACGAAGAUUCAAUCUGCCAAAACACAGGCUGCAUUUACACACACACACACACACACACACGAGAGGUAAUUGUCAUGUGUACAGUUUCAUAACCAUUUGUGAAUGAUGUUACUGUGACACUGAGAUUAUAAAGCAAUACACAUCAACACUUUGUCACUUUUGUUGCUGAGCAGAAGACAAGCGUUACAUGAGAUGUUACGGACGGAUGUGAAUAUAAAAGAAAAAGUCCAUCCGUUAAUGUGACUAUUUUGUAAUUAUAUUAAAACGAUACAAAACUGAAACAAUGUUUUAUUAGUGAUUGCUUGGAUUAAAAAAAAUAAAAAUCCAUCUAUUAUAACAUGAUGGCAGAUUUUUACGAGGUUUCUUGAAUGCAUGUCAGUUACUGCUCCUCUUUGUUGUACAUCCUUCGAACUCUCACAUCACAGCAGAGUUUAGAGUUAUUUCAACAGGGUUUUGCUUCGAAAUGCCCGUCCUUAAUAUGUCUUAGCUUAGCUUGGCAUAAGGGGUGUGUCUUUGAGACUUUUGAGUUUUGUUUGCAGUGUAGUCGAGCAGCCAAUGGUAGCACCCGCUCUCUCUCUCUCUCUCCGUGGCGACGUGAGGCUGUAAACAGAGAGCAGAGAAAGUGCACGAGUGUUGUUUUUUCAUGAAAUAUUGAUGAAUAAUGCCAAAAAGAGCCAUACCUACUGAACCUUAAUGAACAUUACAUUGCAUUUUAUUUUUUAAAAAACUGUACAGAAAGCUGUUAAAACAAACCAUUAAGAAAGAAAAAAGGAUAAUUAUGGAGCUAAUAGACUACUCAACCGCUGCCAUGUUCCUAUCAGUCCUGUCAAAAUGUGUAUUUUACUGUUUUUUUUAUGGUCACAUACACACACAGACACAAUCUUUUAUUCAAAAACUACAACUUGUGUGUCAUUAAUCAUUACAAUUACUCAUGAAUCUGAUGUGUGUAAAUACAGCCACAGUGAUUGUGUGUGUUGUCGUCUUCUUGUCCUGUCAGUCAUGUACUUUUUCUUUUCUACUUUUGAUUAUAAAUACACAGUUAUUAUUGUAUAUUUGAUCGUUCCAGGUGUUAUUAUUUUUAGAGAAUAAAUUAUAAUUCUAUUUUCUGGAGAGUUGAAGUUACGGAGACGCUGUCGGAGGAAUUUUCCGUUCCUGAAAUGCUUGUUGUUGUCGAUCGUCUUUGUGCUGUAAAUGAAUGACUGAAAGGUAAUAAAAUUGCUUUUAAAAACAAA